AUAUCCUCUCCGCUGAACGUUUCUAAAAGUCUCGCUUCUUUCGCGUUUUUCCCGCUCUCCUCUGCUCCACCACACUCCAGCCAGCACACACACAAACUGUGAGAGAUAGAGAGAGAUGGCGGCGUCGGCUGCUCUAAGAGGCUGUGUGGUGGUGUUCCCGAGCCUCCUCUCGUCUUCCAAAUCUCAGUUCGCUAACUCGCUCGCCCUCCCCGGCACGAACACCUCGUCCCGCAUCUCCAUGUCGGCCGAGUGGAUGCCCGGCCAGCCCCGCCCCCCCUACCUCGAUGGCUCCGCUCCUGGCGACUUUGGUUUCGACCCACUUCGACUAGGAGAGGUCCCAGAGAAUCUAGAGAGGUUCAAGGAAUCCGAGCUCAUACACUGCAGGUGGGCGAUGCUUGCCGUGCCAGGGAUCUUGGUGCCGGAGGCACUAGGGCUGGGCAACUGGGUACAAGCUCAAGAGUGGGCAGCCAUACCCGGUGGACAGGCAACGUACUUAGGCAACCCCGUCCCUUGGGGCACCCUACCGACCAUCCUUGUCAUUGAAUUCCUCGCCAUUGCUUUUGUGGAGCACCAACGCAGCAUGGAGAAAGACCCGGAGAAGAAGAAGUACCCAGGCGGAGCCUUUGAUCCUCUGGGCUAUUCCAAGGAUCCCGAAAAACUCAAGGAGUACAAGAUCAAGGAGAUCAAGAAUGGUCGCCUUGCUUUGUUGGCCUUUGUUGGGUUCUGCGUCCAGCAAUCAGCUUACCCUGGAACAGGACCGUUGGAGAAUCUGGCAAACCACUUGGCUGAUCCAUGGCACAACAACAUUGGCAAUGUCAUAAUCCCCCGAUCCAUCUUGCCAUAAUCUAGUGACCUUUAUCCUGCUGCACUGUAGAACUUCUUUUGAGCAUCUUAGAAGCUGUUGUAUCUUGUUGAUUUAUGCAAGUUGGUGUCACAGUGUGUAUCUGCAUUGUCUUGUAUUUAACAUCAUGAAAACAUUCUCACAUCGAACGUUUCUGCUAUGAAGAACCAUCUCCAUAAAAA